AUGCGGAGGAGGACCCGGCUGUCGGGCCGGCGGGCCGCGCUGGCCCUCGUCGUCGCGCUGGUGGCGGCGGUGUCGCCCGUGCGGGCGGUGCGGAAGUGCUGCUCGGGGGCGGACGAGGUGCUGGUGGCGCGGGCGGCGGCGGCGGAGAUGCAGUGCGCCGGCGCGGCGGCGGGGCCGCCGCCCGCCUGCGCCGGGGCCGCCGCCGUCAACGUGUGGGUGCUUGGCGCGGACGCCGCAGCGGCUGCGACCGAGGAGGCCACUGUGCCACCCGUGGAGCAGCUGGCGGACCGCCGCAACAACCUGACGGCUUGGGCGGCGGCCGUGGGCUGCCUGCCCCAGCGCAAGGGCGGCACCGAGGACGGCGGCGCCGGCGCCGCCAACGUCACUGACAGUGGCAGCGGCAGUGGCAGCGGCAGCGGCGGUGGCAGUGGGAUGGCGGAGGGCGCGGAGGUUCUGCUGAGCGCGCCAGCCCCGCCGCCGGAACCGCUGUGGACCGGCGGGGAGUUGAUGUGGCUGGACGUCGUGAACGGCGUGCCGGAGGCGGAGAGGGUGGCGCCCUGGUCCCCGCCGGCGCCCCCGCCGUCAGCCGCGGCCCCGGCGCCCGCGGAGGCGAAGGGCGCCGUGGUGCGCGUGGCGGCGAGCGGAGGCGGCGCCGCGGCGCUGCGCAAGUGCUGCCCCAGGGGCUUCGCGCUCAGCCUGGAGAAGCGCACGUGCGUGGCCCUGGCGCGCCCUGCGCAGCCCUUCCCGGCCGCGCGCACGCUGCGCGUCGCGCCGCGCCUGCCAGGUAGCGGUGGUGGUUUGGUGGCGCUAUUGGUGGGACCAGCGGAGUCGCUCGAUGGAUGGUACGGCCCCUCGUCCCUCGCCUGCCCCCCUGACACGGCGCGGACCUUUCAAGUUGUCCCACACGUGGAGGUGGAGGCGGUCGAAGACGCCUCCGACGCCGGGAAUUUCUCUUCCACGUCCGAGGGCAGCGCGAAGGCGUGA